UCCUGUCUUGUCUUGUCUUGUCUUGUCUUGUCUGCACAUGUAUACCCCACUCCUUCACACAGCUGUAACGAGAUAGGACGCGACCCCACAACCUUAGAAAGCACGGAAAUAACAGCGGGAAGCACAUUGGACGUUCUGAAACACGAUGAAUCUGGAACUACUAGACCCAUUUGAGCAAGAUUUUCCAGAGGUCAUCGAGGACACACUCGAGGGCGGACUGGCUGUUACGGUCAGGUUUAACCGUCGGGGUACGCUUCUGGCUGCAGGAUGCUCGGACGGGACUAUUGUCGUCUGGGACUUUGAUACACGAGGCGUCUCGCGUUCUUUGAUCGGGCACGUCAAAAUAGUAACUAGCCUGAGCUGGUCACGGAAUGGUCGAUAUCUUUUGUCAUCAUCCAGGGACUGGAGUUGUAUUGUAUGGGAUCUUCUGACAGGAACGAAGCAACAUACCAUCCGCUUUGAUACGCCUGUCUUGAACGCUCAGUUCCAUCCCAAAAACAAUUCGCUGUUUAUUGCUGCGCUACAUCAAGAGAAACCUGUGCUAGUUGAUUUUUCAAACGGCAUCAAACGAUCACCUAUUUUGAUGGAUCCUAAAGAUGAGGGGUCAUCCGAACAGAAUUCAAACUCGACACCAACACCAGCAACAACAGUAGCCGCUGGACAAACACAAUGGACGCUGGUCGUUACAUUCGACAGGCAAGGGAAAAGGAUUUAUGCAGGAUCGAAUCGUGGCCAGAUCAGUAUCAUCAACACGGAAACGCGAUCUCUACUCUAUGAAAUUCGACCGACAACUAGCGCCAUCAAAAGUAUAAAGUUCAGUAGGAGAGGAAAGGAGAUUUUGGUCAAUGCAAACGACAGGAUCAUCCGACUCUUUGCAGUCAGGGAAGACGGUCCACCGGAACAACUGCACAAAUUCCAGGAUCUGGUUAACAGGAUCCAAUGGAAUCAGUGCUGUUUUUCGAGCGACGCUGACUAUGUCAUCGGAGGAUCUGGACAUCAGGCUGAACACAAUAUCUACAUCUGGGAUAAAAUUGGAGGGAACCUCGUCAAGUUUCUCGAAGGUCCCAAAGAGCCAUUGGAGGAUCUGGCUUGGCAUCCGAUCAGACCCAUUGUGGCAUCAGUGUCAAGCUACGGAAAGAUUCAUAUCUGGGCGACAAAUUACCAGGAGAACUGGAGCGCAUUCGCCCCUGAUUUUAAAGAGCUGGAAGAGAACAUCGACUACGAAGAGCGCGAGGACGAAUUCGACAUUGUUCCUGAGGAAGAGGCGUCCAAACGAAAACACGACGACGAAGAUGUGCUCAUUGACGUGACGACGAUCGAAAAAAUCAACCCGUUCAACGACUCGGAUAGCGAGGACGGUGGGGAGGAAACGUUUUACCUCCCGCUUCUGCCCAGCGACCAACAACCUGAGGAACCACAGCAUUACAAGCACCCCCAUCGCCAUCGUCGUCAUCACCAUAAUCAUCACCAUCAAGGCCAUCGUCACCAUCGCCACGGCCACGGCCAUGGCCAUGGCCAUGGACAUCAAGACAUAAACAACAGCUCUGCGCACGCCCAUGUAGAUGUGAAGCAGGAUACAUCGCAUAUCCAUCACAAGGACGAGAUGACUCUUGACCAUGUAGCCGAGGACCGGAAACGAGACGAUAGAGACCAGGACUACGACAGAGGACGAGACAGGUACCACGACGGAGAUCGAGACGGAGAUCAUGAUCGAGAUCGGGAGCAUGACCGUGGAGAGAAGGAGCAUAAGCAUCGGCCUGAUGAGGAGGCUUUCGAGACGGAUGGAGGACAUAGCCAUGGCCACGGGUACGAGAACGGAAGCACGAAUGGCCAUGGAUAUGACCGAGAGCACAGCAGCCCACGGAGGAAACUGGAUGAUCACCAAUCGUCCCCACGACAUGUCAAGAGACAGCGGUGAAAGGUCAACUUUUUUUUUCUUUUUCUUUUUUUUGUGCUUCCCCUUUACAUGUACAGUACUAAGCCUCGUAGAACAAUAAAAAAGAAAGAAAAAAAAAGGCGGGA